GUCAUUCUAUAGUAUACAUCAGCGAUGAACCUGACUGAGUCCUGGAAGACCAUGGUGAAUGAGACCAGCUCUGUGAAUGACGGCAGCUACACUUAUGAAGACUAUGGUGAUGAACAGUUAAUCCUGCUGUGUGACGAGGUCGAAGGCUUAGAGGAGGUCACGGCUGGUUGCUUCCUGGUCAUCUUCCUCCUCAGUGUCACAGGUAACGGAUUGUUGCUGGUUGCCUUGUGUCGUUAUGAGGACCUAAGGAGGGUCACCAACCUGUUCAUCCUUAACCUGUUGACCUCUGACCUCCUAUUUACCCUGACCCUGCCCUUCUGGGCCGUCUACCAUCUCUCCCACUGGAUGUUUGGUGACCUGGCCUGUAAGUUGUUGACGGGGGCAUACUUCACCGGUCUCUACAGCAGUAUGAUGCUGCUCACCUCCAUGACGGUGUACCGCUGUGUAAUAGUCGUCGCGUCCCGCUGGACCGCUGUUCCUCGGAGACGACUGAGGUACGCAUGGGCCACCUGCACGGCAUCAUGGGUAGUCAGCCUGGCCGCCUCCCUCAGUGAUGUCAUAUACUCCCAGGUACAGGAAGAGGAAAACGGGACAAGAAUAUUCACCUGUGAGGUCUCACCUGGAACUAUGGACGAGGAGCUGGGCUACUACCUGCAGGUGUCCCUGCUCUUCGUCCUCCCUCUAGUCAUCAUCAUCCUCUGCUACAGUGCCAUUCUCAGGACAGUCCUGGUAACUGCGACCAGGAGACGGCACCGCACAGUGCUGGUGGUCUUCUGUAUCGUGGUUGCGUUCUUCGUCUGCUGGGCGCCGUACAACCUAAUCGUCUUCGUCAUGUCUGUCUACACACCUGUAGACUGUGGGGUCAAGCAGCGGCUGCAUGUUGUGUACGUUGUGUGUCGUAUUGUGGCCUACGCCCACUGCUUCCUGAACCCUGCUCUCUACAUGCUGUCUCACUCCUUCAGACGACAUCUCUGGUCGCUGUUGUGCUGUCUGAUGGGGGAGGAGAGGGGAGG